AUGUCUUUUGCCGUCGCCAACAGACGUCUCCUUAAGGAAUACAAAGAGCUGAUCCGGGAAGCACCGGAGGGCAUAUGCGCCGGACCGAUCGACGAGGACAACCUUCUGGAAUGGGAGUGUUUAAUACGGGGGCCCGACGACACACCAUUCGAAGGUGGCGUGUUCCCUGCAACUUUGAGCUUCCCCAAGGACUACCCUCUCAACCCGCCCAAAAUGAAAUUCACCUGCGAAAUGUUCCACCCCAACAUCUACAAAGACGGGGCGGUGUGCAUUUCAAUUCUGCACAGUCCCGGCGACGACCCGAACCAGUACGAGGAUGCCAGCGAGCGGUGGUCGCCGAUCCAGAGCGUCGAGAAGAUCCUCAUCAGUGUUAUGAGCAUGCUUGCGGAGCCGAAUGACGAGUCUGGUGCGAACAUUGAUGCGAGCAAGAUUUGGAGGGAUAAUAGGAAGGAGUAUGAAAGACGGGUUAGGGAGUGUACCAAGAAGAUUCUGGGGUUGUAG